UCUUCCCCCUCUUGUCUUUAAUUUCUUCAUCCCUGUUUACAAUAUAUCUUCUUUUUCUUACCUUUAAUCUCUGCUCCUCAAGUCCAAUGGGAGAUCACCCACGUUCUCAACCAUUGGAUUUGCACAACCUCUUUAAGAUUCCAAAAAACAAAUCCUUGAAAGAUGUUAGCAAGGCUUACAAAUCGCUUGUAUCCAAACGGAACCAUCAUGACAAGAAAACCCCCGAGGAGCCAACAACACCCCCAAGGUUUGAGGAGAGUGAUAAUAAAAGAGUGGAUCAAGACAAUUGGAGUCCUAAGUUAUUUUCAAGGGCUGCAAGCAGAAGAUCUAAAACGCCAACGCCAAAAUCAAGGCCUAUGUCAAGGCACGGAAGCAGGCGAUGCACGACACCAACCUCUCUAUCGAGAAGUUCUUCUAGUUCUGGUCGAAGGAGUGCCACAGAAAUUGCUGCAUCAUCUCUCAAAAGGAUUAUGAGCAAAAGGGUUUCUCCGCCUUCUUUAUCAAGUAAUAAGUUGGACAUCUCUGAACCUGAGUUAACCAACCAUGUAGCAUCUCCAACAAAAGAUGCAGAUGCUGGCGCAAAGACAACCACCCGAAAGACUCAACAUAUUCCUGCAGUCUCUCUGUCAAGCAAUAUGAGUUGUAGGUCAACAACACCUAUCAUAUUUUCACAGACGACAACUAGAAGGAAACCCCCACAAGUUGAGAGGACGCUCUAUUGCACGCUUGAGAACUUAUGCUUUGGAUGCAAAAAAAAUGUUAAAGUUACUAGAGAUGCCAUCAAAUUUCCCGGGGUAAUUAUCCAAGAGGAGGAGAUUUUAAAAAUUGAGGUGAAGCCUGGAUGGAGAAAAGGAACAAAGAUUACAUUUGAAGGGGUAGGUGACGAGAAACCUGGAUACCUCCCUGCUGAUAUAGUAUUCUUGAUUGAUGAAAAGAAACACCCUUUGUUUAGGAGAGAAGGCAUUGAUUUGGAAAUAGGUGUUGAGAUUCCACUAGUAGAUGCACUUACAGGAUGCUUCAUAUCAAUCCCUCUAUUAGGAGGGGAAAAUAUGGGUUUGUCAUUUGAGAAUGAUGUCAUAUACCCAGGAUAUGAGAAGGUUAUUAAAGGUCAAGGAAUGCCAGACCCCAAAAAUAACGGGAUAAGAGGUGAUCUUCUUGUCAGAUUCCUCAUUGAAUUCCCCAGAGAAUUAAGCGAAGAACGACGGAAAGAAGCUGCUAGUAUCCUGCAAGACUGUUGCUAAUAAUGACCAUAGUUGUAUGCAGAUGCACUAAUUUUUUUUGCCACAACAAGACAGAGGACAAACAAACAAGUAUUUUUAUUAUCAUUCAUGCAUAGUCGGUCCUAUAUCAGAUUACCAACACACUGAAGCACAACAAUAAUGGAUGCAUUUCGUGCCGAGAGAAUGAAGAUGUUGUUGAGCUUCCAUAUGGGGAUGGUCAGGGCUGUUGAAAAAGAGAAAAGAAACUUCCAUCAGUGACUCCACUGAUGUUGUCUUCAACAGUUUACAGUUACUGUCUCCUUCCUAAGAUAAGAAGCUUGCAUCUUGAUGUGGCCAAAUUCAAAAUCUUUAGAUUGCUUCCUUCCAAUCCAGAUCGAAUAUGUAACUUGUCAAAUUGCCUAUACGAGCACAGUUUGCACCAUUAUUAGCACUAGGUUACUGACUCGUAGGAGGACAUAACUGUUACUUAACCAAAUAUUUGAGGAGAUCAAUGUCUCCAAAGAUAUAAUUUAUGUAUCUAUCUUUAAAAUAGUCAACAAAAGUAACUAGUUUUUCA